GCUGCUCUUUUCAUUGCUGGAGUGAAAUUGAGUUUACACCUGCGAUGGUUUUCAUGUAAAGGGUGCAACAGAUGUCCAAAUAGACCACCGUCAGCUGUCAUCCUGGCCCGGGUCGAUUCUGUUUCCCUGUGGAUCCGCUGGACGCAAAAUCAUCAUCCUGCAGUGCCUGAGGCUUUGUCACUCCACCCCGCCCCCUGUCGUCAUGGCGCCCAAGGACAUCAUGACCAAUUCUCAUGCCAAAUCCAUCUUGAAUGCCAUGAACGCCCUGAGAAAGAGCAACACGCUGUGUGACAUCACUCUGAGGGUGGAGGGCACAGAUUUUCCUGCCCACCGCAUUGUGUUGGCGGCGUGCAGUGAUUAUUUCUGCGCCAUGUUCACCAGUGAGCUUGCUGAAAAAGGGAAGUCCUUUGUGGACAUUCAGGGCCUCACAGCGUCCACUAUGGAGAUCCUGCUGGAUUUUGUUUACACAGAGACAGUGCUGGUCACAGUAGAAAACGUCCAGGAGCUGCUGCCCGCUGCCUGUCUCCUGCAGCUUAAAGGUGUGAAGAGAGCGUGCUGUGAUUUUCUUAAUAGCCAGUUAGAUCCGUCAAACUGUCUGGGAAUCAGAGACUUUGCCGAAACGCACAAUUGUCUGGACUUGAUGCAGGCUGCCGAGCUGUUCUCACAGAAACACUUUGCUGAGGUGGUACAACAGGAAGAGUUCAUGCUGCUCAGUCAGAGUGAAGUGGAAAAACUCAUCAAGUGUGAUGAGAUCCAGGUUGAUUCAGAGGAGCCAGUAUUUGAGGCUGUUUUGAACUGGGUGAAGCACAACAGAAAGGAGAGAGAGCCGUACCUGCCUGAUCUGCUGGAAUACGUGCGCAUGCCCCUGCUCACCCCUCGAUACAUCACUGAUGUCAUUGACGCAGAGCCGUUGAUACGCUGUAGUCUGCCUUGCCGAGAUUUGGUGGAUGAAGCAAAGAAGUUUCAUCUUCGUCCAGAGUUACGCAGCGAGAUGCAGAGUCCUCGAACCCAAGCAAGACUCGGUGCCAAAGAGGUUCUGUUGGUUAUCGGAGGAUUUGGCAGCCAGCAGUCUCCUAUUGAUAUUGUCGAGAAGUACGAUCCCAAAACCCGAGAGUGGAGCUUUCUUCCA